ACGGUGUUUUCAUGUCGCUAACAGUUGAGAAUGUGGAACUCUAACGGCUGAAAACAUGAGAGUUAACGGCGACGUUAGUAAGCUAACGGGCACGUUAUUAAGCUAACGUCACUAACGGCUGUUGUUAAUGGUCUGCUGUUAGUUUUCAGUCCGAGUAAAUUAACAGUGGUGGGAGUGUACUCAGAGCCUUUACUGCAGUAAAGUACUUCUACCACACUAACUACUACAUCUGGAGAUACAGUCUCUCCUAGAUCUCUGUGGAGACUGAGUCAGACUGUUUUGAAGCAGCCAGGAUGGAUCUCCACCUGACGUUCCCCUUGGGUCUACCAAAGGAGCCCUCGGCAGACGUCAAGCUGGCGACUGGAGCAGGAAAGAAGAGCAAGAAGGCCGAGGAGGAGGAGGAGGAGCAGCCUGCAGCACCUCCUGCAGCAGCAGCAGAGGAGGAAGAGGAAGAGGAGGAGUAUGUGGUGGAGAAGGUUUUGGACCGUAGAGUGGUGAAGGGAAGAGUAGAGUUUCUGCUGAAAUGGAAGGGGUUCUCAGAUGAGGAUAACACAUGGGAGCCACAAGACAACCUGGACGGCCCCGACCUUAUCACCGAGUACAUGCAGAAACACAAGGAGGAGGAGGAGAAGAAGGAGGGCAAGAGGAAAGGUGUCAGUGAGACCUCGGGAGACUCAGAGGAGCGAGGGAGCAAGAGGAAGAAGGAGGAGGUGAGUAGG